GCUAUAUUAUCCUGGGUGAUUAAUACUAAAAAGCACUUUUCUUUAACUCUAAAGAAACUUUAAUUUCUUUUUAUCGGUAAUUUGGAAAAGUUACUUGUCAAGGUUUUGAUUAGGUCUUAAUAAGGUUGAUAACUGUAUACAUUCAUUUAUCCUUUUGUUUUACUCCCAUACAUCUACAAUUAAAUAAACACUGAAAACAUAAUUGUAGUUCAAAGUAAACAAUAAAACAAAAUUAUUGGUGAAUCGUACGUGAAUGAAUCUAAUUAAAAAUUGUGUUAGUUCCUAGUAAGAUGUUUUGAAAGGUUCUCAUCCCAUCUUAAAAAGUAUCAUGAGCGAAGUCAAAAAUAUUCUCCAGAACACAACUAUUUUCUGACUUAUUAUAUUGUGUGAUUGUAACUAUUUGCUUCAAAUCUCUUUUGGUGCAUCUAAAAUGUCUUUUCCAUAAAAAAUUUUCUCUUCGCUCAACCGUCUCCACACUAACACGUAUAAAGCCUUCUUGAUUAGCGACAUGUAAUGUAGCAUUAAUCAUAAUUUAAAGAACUAGAAAGUUUUCAAACACUACAUAAGGUGAGAUGUAGCUGAAGCUAAAUAACUACUUCGGCGCUACAGGUCGUCGAAAAAUCAAAUGAAGUCUGAGAUAGUGUCUUUCAUUGGCCAAAUUUUUCGCGUAUCCAAAAGUCAGUUAAUUAGUAAGCAAGCAAUCCGAGAUAUUUAUGUUAUCGUUGUGCAAAGUUGCCCAUUUCACUGGGCGUUUUAUCAAAAACUUAAGCAAUUUUUAAUCUUUGUCGAAUACUUUAGUCUUGACAUUUAAAUUGGAUAUUUUGUUUUAACAUUAUCGUUUUAGAUUAAGCUAAUCUUAACUCUAUCGGUUGUGAAUUUUAGUUAAAACGACGAGGAAGCGUCGAUAUAUAAAGAAAGGGGAUAACAGUUUUCGAAUGCUUAAGUUUACUUUAAACAGUAAAAUUUUUCUUAGGUUGUUGUUGGAUUACUUAGUGGGUAAAUGAGCCUCCGUUUCUCCAUGCACUUAACAAGGUCAUUUUGUUCAAAAUAAGUUACUUUUUUAAACUUGGCUUGUCUUUCCUCAGUGAGACUAAGCUUCUUGAUAUCAGUUAAGAACUGUUAUUGUCCUGAAGUGUUCAACUUGAACUCACUCGUUUUGAAUUAACAUUAAAACCGAUGCUUUCAAUUAUGGCUGUUUUAGAUUAUAAUAGUAUAAUCAAAUCAACGACACAUUGUAAAAAAUGAUGUCGAUUUUAGAAGCAAAAAGCAAAGUAGGCAUUAAAUGUAUGUUUCGUCUUGACUAAAUUUAAUAUACAUAUUUUUAAUUACUUUAGUUUGGUGCCGAAUUUCGUCGAUUUGAAUUAGAUCGUACAAAAAGCAUGAAAUAUGAAGAAUUUUAUAAAUUUUUAGAAGAUUUACAUUUUUUACAAGACAUUUCAUUUAAUAUUACAUAUCUGGACAAAGAUGGUGAAUUAUUAUCAAUUAACAACGAUAGUAUCAUCGACUACAUAUUACGUGUGACACCCGGCUUAUUAAGAAUAUUUAUACAAAGAAAGGGUGAAUCAUAUCAAGCAACAAAUGUAACAGAUUCACUAAGAAAACGUAAAAAAAUAUCUGAUCAAAUACAAUCAUUAAUUCAUACGGAUCUAUCUAAAAAACAUAAUCAUAAUGAACGAUCUCAACAAUUAAAUAUUGAACUUCAACCCGAUUUUCGUCUUGUUUCAUCCAUUAUUGAUGUUGAAAUAUUACCCGUAACCUAUCGUCGUGUUCGUUUACAUCGAUAUAAAGAAAGCAAACCAUUAGGAUUUUAUAUUCGAGAUGGUGUAGCUGUUAAAAUGGGAACAAAUGGCAUUGAAAAUGUACCGGGUGUAUUUAUAUCACGUUUACUGAGUGGUGGUUUAGCUGAAAGCACGGGUUUAUUGAGUGUUGGUGAUGAAAUCAUUGAAGUAAACGGUAUUGAAGUAGCCGAUAAAACAUUAGAUCAAGUAACAGAUAUGAUGGUGGCUAAUAGUCAUAAUUUAAUAAUAACUGUUCGUCCAGCAAACGAUACAUACAAUUUGAAACGACACACAAAUGUCAAUAUUUCACAAAAUUCCUUAAAAACAACAAAUUCAAACCUUAAUCUUGAUAUGAUUAAUAUAAAUAAUAAUAACAUCAGUAGUUCGAUAAAUCAUAGUUCAUCGUUGGAUGCUGGAGGAAGUGACGAUGACGAAACUGAAAUUCAUCGUCACAAUCAUUUAUCAUUACAUGAUACUAAAAUUGAACAAGAACAAAAGCCACCAUCUGUUUUAAAACUGUAA